AUGAGAAAGAUAUUUACUAUUCUCUCUAAAAAUUCUCUUCAUAUUAAUGUCAAGAAAUGUAGAUUUGGAGAAAGCAAACCAAAGCAUUUGGGCCAUUGAGUGUUAGCGGAAGGAGUAGAAGUCGAUAAGGAGAAGAUAUCUACCAUGACUAAUUGGCCGAUUCCUAUAAAUCUUAAGGAACUUCAUAGGUUCCUAGGGCUCACUGGAUAUUAUAGAAGAUUUAUUACCAACUAUGCUUCAAUUGCGUGGCCACUGAUGCAAUUAUUAAGAAAAGAUGCAUUCUAUUGGUCAAAAGAAGCACAAGCCAUCUUCUCUACCCUUAAACAAGCAAUGACUAUGGCCUCGGUAUUAGCACUACCAAACUUUUUACAAGAAUUUAUUGUGGAAAUUCACACUUCUAAAUCAGGUGUUGAGGCCAUUCUCAUGUAG